AUGGCAGCUAUACAGGGCCUCAGAGAGCAAAUUGCUGAUGAGUUUGAUGAAGUGGACGAGAACGUCUCCUAUACUCACGAGCAAGAGACUCAUGAGAACCUCCACGAACCAUCUGUGUCUCCUGCGUCAUCGUAUUCUUCUGAAUACUCGUCUUCUGAGUCACUGAUUUCUGAACGCGCGGAAUUCAUCAAACAAGAAAGUCUCGAUACAUCGUCAUCUGGGUCGUCGUCUCCCGAGUCAACAUGUUAUGAACGCGCGGAAUGUAUCAAGCGAGAAGACUUUGGAUCAUCAUCUUCCGAAUUGUCGUCUCCUGAGUCAACGGUUUCUCCGUGCCCAGGAUGUGUCGAAGGAGAGGGUUCUGGGCCGACAUCAGUCGAGUCUCCCUCUGUCCACCCCCUUCAAAGACUUGCAAGCAGAUCCCCAACUCCGUUUGCCAUGUCACAGGCAUCUAACCUGAGAGCUCAAUCUCUCAAACGAUGUGCUUCUGCGAUGGACGAUGCUGAUGCAGACGACACAAUACAGCCCAACACCUUGCGUAGGAGCACGCGGAUGCGACGA